AUGCGCAGUUUGUUGGAUGGGAUUACCUCCGCACUGCGCGUGCCGCAGAUGCCGCAGAGGGAGGCGGACGAGCAGCAGCAGCCGCCGGGAUCCCCGGGAGUCAGGAGGGCUACCGCCGCCGCUGCCGCCCCCUCGCCGCGUCAGAAGGGCUCCACCGGCGCAAAGGCCACAGGUUUUCCGGCGGGGGCGUUGCGGUACCAAAGCGGCAGCAUCUCGUGUGCUUUCGCGGCGGAGAAGUCACCGGACUUGCCCUUCACAAUGCUUCUCCUGACGCAGAACGUUGGGGGUCUGUGGUCCUCCUCUGACGGCACGAGCGGCGAAGGCGUGGAGGUGGCUGACGGUGCCCCGGCGCCGGCACCCAAAACAGGCGUGUCUGACUCUGUGCGGAGGCGGGUAGCGGAAUUCUUGCAGGAGCUUCGUCUUUUGAUUUAUGAGGCGAGUCGUCGCGAAUUUGCCUCACAUCUUCGUAGGGACAAGGUGGCGAGCGAGGGCAGUGGGCCGCCAUCAACGUCGGCUGACGGUUCCCACAGCGAAGUGCCGCCGCUGCUUGACGUCAUUGUUGUGCACUUCCAGGAGAUUGGCGGGAAGGAGGCAGGUGCGGAGUCGAACGCCCUCUUCGCGGAGGCUCUCAGGAUGCUGCUUCCGGAGGCGGCGUGGUCGUCGGGUCUUCUUAUGGAGGCCAACAACGACGCGCAGCGAUUUACGGCGCUGGGCACGAUUGUCUUCCUGGCUCACCGCAUGUGCCCGAUUAGCAGCAUACUUUCCUUACGACACCGCACCUUUGUUGCCGUUGCCGAUGAUCCUGCGACGUACUGCAGUUCACCGACGUUUCUCUUUCACGGUGGUAAAUUCUCGGGGGCCGCGUCGGCGCGCAAAGGGUAUCUACUGACGUCGCUGCGCUUUGGCACUGUGGUGGUGAACUUCCUCAAUCUCCACUUGUACCACGACGACCGAAACACGGAGGCGGCGGCGGCGAGCCCAAGCGUGUAUGCGGCGCGGCGGCAAGAGGCGCUUCUCGAGGCGGUGGCUGAAUGCAUGGUUUUUGUUGCCCCGCAGGAUCCCCUCUUUAUCUUCGGCGACUUCAACACUCGCCUGGACACCCACAGCUUUCUGAAGCACCUUAAAGAGACCCGGCAGAUGGAGGUGCAGCUCUCGGCAAAGGAUGUGCAGGCACCGGAUUGUUUUUGGGAGCUCUUCACCGAGUCCCAGCAGGCAGGGGCGAUGAAGAAGUUUGACGUGGAGCUGCAGCGCUUGAUGGAUGUGGUGGCGCAACAGAGCGGGGUGGAGCUGGCAGAGUUUGCCAUACGCUUUCCCCCAACCUACUCGCGACUUGCCGUGGGGGAGUCCAUGCGAAGUCGUCCGAAGCCAAAGGGAGAUGUGGAAGGUGGCGAAGGCGAUGGUGGAAGCGACGACGACGACGACGACGACGACGGCGGCGGCGAGCUAAAGAAGGGGAGCGAGCGGGGGCGAAAGGCGCCGAGAAGAGAGACGGGCCCUGGCGAGGGCGCAGUGGCCCUCGUGCUCUCCCGCAUCACGGCGAUGCCCACGCGCGGCUACAGCCGUCAACGUGUUCCUGCCUGGUGUGAUCGUGUCGUGUGGAACCCCGCCGGGCUGGAGCUCAUGACGGGGCAGCGCUCCGCGUCCUCCCCUGCGUCUUUGCCGUCCGCCUCCUCCAAGAGUGACGGGCCCCAGGAUUCCUCCUCUCGCUACGCUUAUCGCUCCUUCGCUCUUGCUCACACUGACCACGACUGCGUCGCGCUGCUGUUUUGA